AUGACAAGUCAGAUAAGUGUUUCAUCCGCUCCUGCCAAUGAUUCAAAUGACUUCAGUAUUAGGAUGCGAUUCCAAGUUGGUCUUUUCCCUCAAAUGUCGAUUCCACCAAUAGGUACCAAUUUAGCAGUCAGAAUGGAGGCAUUGUUGACUCCAAAGAUUACCGUAGAUAUUCCCAUGAGUGUUUCCUCGAACUGUCCGAUUCAAUAUGAUUCAGUCAACUUUACCAAGUGUCCACCGCAAGUGGAAGUAGGUGGGGUUUAUGAGUAUUCUGUGGACUACUUUAUAAGCAGACCCAUUGGCGAUUACGUGUUCACAUUCACGACUGAUGAGUUUAGUGCUUCGAUUGGACAUAUAUCUUUGGCGCUACCUACAACAUUCUCUACAUACCCAGAGGGUUACAAAAUAGAUACGCAACAAUUCGUUGGUUAUAACUUCGUACUGACUACCAUUGGCUACGUUAGCGUUUCAAAUCUACAAAAUUCAGCAAAAAUCUCACCAUUAGGUAAGAAUUCUACAGUGAAUUUUUGUGAGAGCCAACUCAUAGCAUUUGCAGGUCCUAAUUUGGCAGCGAAAAGUAACUUAACAUCAAAGAAUACCUCAGUCGUGAAUCAAGCUGAAAAGUUACAAUUCUUUAAUCUUCAACUGAGUAUUCUGCCUUCUACGACAGCACGUUAUAGUAUUUAUAUAACUAAUACUGGUAAACUAAAUACGGAACAAUGUUCCGUGGAUUACUUGUUAACAGAAAAUAAUUCAACUAAGAAAUCAUCAAGUCAGGUUCCAGGAGUUGAUCUAAUUUCUAUUGAUUCAAAAACAGUCAAAAACCAAGUUAUACCAAACUAUUUAACAUCACUGAAGUUAACGCUAACUCUGAAACCCAAUGUAUGGCAGACGAUAUAUUUUCAACUUUAUGUUCCAGGUGCCUACCAAGAAUACAUAUUAGUCAAGCCAAUAAUGCUAAGCCAAUCAACAUCAUUGCCAUAUGUCAGCUUAGUUUCGAACUCGUUGGAAAAUAUGGUUUAUAUCAGUAUAGAUAAAACUUAUUACGAAGGAAUUGCAACCGAUCAAACGACUUCGGCAGUAAAUCAGUUGACUUACUAUAUCCCAAUGUUCACUGCAAAUUCUGUCAGACCACUGGUCAAUUUCACUUACAAUCUGACAGUCAAUUCAAUCUCUAUAUUUGGUAAUUUCAUAUUUACUACCACCACUCCAGCAGCAUUUACUACAACUCUUACAAAUACUUGGACUUUAAAUUAUCCAAGUGCCACUGAUGUAUAUAAACAAAUGUGUACUGGAGGACCGUUUGAAUUUAUAUUGAAUAUGUGUCCGGUUGAAAGACGUUGUUCAUUCUUUACAUAUUGGAUCAACAGAAUUGUGAAUGGUAGUGCAGCUCUUAAUGUUACAAAAGUAGAUGUAUAUAAAAUUUUUUCAGAUGUGCGAUUAUCAACUUCGUUCUCUUUAAAUUUGACAUCUGAACGUAGUUAUGUGAGAGUGGAUUACGGUCCAUCAUGCCUCAUCAAUCAAGAUUUUUAUUGUACGCAAUUUAAACAUACUCUUUAUUUAAUGGGAGAUUGCAAUGUGACAACGACAAUAAAAUACACUUUCCCAACAUUUGUUAAUAUCAGUGGGAGUACAAAAAAUUUUACCGCCCAGACUUUGGUAUUGAGUCCAAUACCAAGUUUCCCAAUAUACACCAAGUUCCGAUUUAGUUAUGUUUUACGUAAAAUUAUUACAUAA